CUGACAGCGGUGGCUCCGUCACCUGGGAGAAGCGAGGCGCCGUGGGGCUGAACCGACGAGCCGUGGGCCAGAGAAACAUAUUAAAAACUGUACAGAAUUUCAGAAUGACUGAUACUUCUGAAGCGGUUCCAAAUUAUGAAGAGAUGUUUGCCAAUAGAUUCACAGAAGAUGACAAAGACUACCAGGAAUACCUGAAACGCCCUCCUGCGUCCCCUCCAAUUGUCGAGGAAUGGAAUAGCAGAGCUGGUGGGAACCAAAGAAAUAGAGGCAAUUGGUUGCAAGAUAAUAGACAGUUUAGAGGUAGAGAUGGCAGACGGGGGUGGCCAAGUGACAAUCGAUCCAAUCAAUGGCAUGGACGACCCUGGGGUAACAAUUACCAGCAGCACAGACAAGAAACUUAUCACCCUCACCAGUAUGGAAACUACAGUUACAACCAACGACCACCCUAUGGUUACUACUGAUAUAAAUGUCAGCAGCUUUUAGUAAAACUGUGUAUUUUGUUAACAAGACAAUAAUUUUGUGUAUCUUCUGUUGGUCAUAAUUUUACAUCUGAUUUUAGAAAAAUAUAUUAACUUUUUGGAACUUGAGACAUUUAAAAAAAAAAAAAGAUCUUACUAGAGAGAUAUGAUGGUUGCUGGGAAUAAAUACUUCCCCUAAAAAGGUUGUGGAUUAUACUGCUUGACUUCUACCUCAGACUCUUCAUUUCAUGACUUAGUGCUUUGAACUUGGUGCAUCUUUUCCUUGUUUGACCUCCAGGAGUUCUUUGUUUUACACAGAAAUAAAAUUUAAAAUGCUUGCUUUUACUUUGUAAUAUAAGGAAGUAUCCAUUUACUCAGAUGUGCUCAUUGGUAAAGUUUUACAGAGGUUGGUAAAAUCAAUUUGUGAAUGCAAAACUAUACUUAGUUGUAAUGUAUUGUACAUUAACAUCAGCAGUUGUAAGGUAAAGCAAUUGUAGUUAUCUUUCUUUUUUGGCUCUUGUUGUUAUGUGACUAUGGUACUUUGUAAUUACUCUAUAGGUGUGAGUCAGCUCCACAAUCAUUUUGGUCUCUAUUUAGAGAAUAUCAAGAAUAAAACUGUAAAAUGAGGAAGGAGUCAUUCUGUUUUAGUGUCUUGAUCUAAUGGUGGAUGGGAUUAGGGCACACAAUCAUUUUAUACUAACUAUAAACAAAGUAGGUAAAAAUUCAUGUUACACAAGUGUGAAAACUCUGUAAAUGUUCCCCUUUCCUUUUCAAUCAUGUAUAAACAAGGCUGCAUUAUUUGACUCUAGUUACUUUUAUGGUACUUAAUGUGGAUUGAUUUUACAAUGUUAUAUUCACUUCCAAAUGUGCACCUUUACUGCAUUCUCUACUAUAAAUACUGUGAUGCUGUAACUGCCUUUCAGAGUGAUCAUUGUAUUUCAAAUAAUUUUAAUGGCCAUUACAAUGUUUUUAUUUAAGC